AAUCCAGCGGGUGUUUCUGGAGCCGUGGUGGUUCUGCGAGGUCCUGAGGAUUAUAACUUUUACGUUGCUAGUAUUGUUGAUUUGUAGCGACCCGUUCUGCUUUGUAAACUAUGUCGUUUUCAAGAGCGCCUCUGAAACGAUUUAAUGAGCAUGUUGGUUGUGCGCCUCCGCCUGGUUCCUACGAGCUCAAAGACGGUGAUGUAAAGGGAGCUGCAUCCUUUCACAAGGCAGAACGCUUCAAAUCCGCGUUAAAAUCUGCAGUUUUACCACCUCCUCCACCCGUAAAAGAUAUUUUGAUGUCUCCAGUGCGGAGGACUAUGUCUGUAGAUGGGUUGGAUGAUGGUUCUGGCUCCAAAAAGGACAAAAGCAGUUUUAGAGUUGAAAUGAAGCAUCAGAAACAUCUGGAGAAAGAGAUCCGGUCACUGGUGCAGCAGAGAGGGGAGCAGGACCGCAGGCUUUUGAUCCUGGAGGAAGAGCUGAAGAAGCUGGAGGUUAAACUGCUUGCUGCUGUGAGGGAGAAGACUGGCCUUGCAGCCAAUGUGGCUUCCCUUGAAAGACAACUUGUUGAGUUAAAGAAAACUAAUGAGUUCCUGAAGUCCAAGGUAUCUGCUGACACUACAAAAAAGAGAAUCAAUUCUUUAUCUAUGGAGUUGAUGGAGGCCAGAAACAAACUGGAUGCUAAAGGCAAGGAGCUGAGUUUCCUGCAGAUCAGUUCAGAAGGCAAAGUGAAAGUCCUGGAGACUGAUCUUGAAGCCUCAAGAGCAACUCUUGGUGCUCUUCAGAUGCGGAACAGAGAUCUUGAGGAUCUUCAUGAAGAGGCUAAAGCUCAUAAUGAUGAGCUUGAGAAAGAAAUGGAUAAGCUGCAUGUUGUUAUACAGGAGGUGAGAGAGGAAUCUAAAGCUCUGCAGAGCUACCUUGAUGCUGCAAAUGAAGAGAUUCAGGAUCUGAAAAGUAAGCUGCAAGACAAAUCUGCAAUGGAGCGCCGCGUAUCUGAUUCUCAAGAGAAGCUUGGUGAGGUGGAGCAGCAGUUGGAGAAGUGCACUGCAAGCUUGCAUGAUUCCCAAAGCACCCUGCGAGAGAAGGAGCAAGAGCUGCAGAAGUGCCAGCAGGAGCUCCAAGAGUGCCAGACCACUAUUAGGAAGCGGGAAUGUGAGCUGAAACAGCAUGAAAAUGACCUGGAGGCCUCUCAGGCUGCAUUGAGAGAGCUGGAGGGGAAGAUCCAGCAGGGAGCCCAGGAGCUGCAGGGCUCUCAAAGCACAGUGCGGCAGCAGGAACAAGAGCUUGGCCGCAUCAGGGAGGUAUUGAGGAGGACUGAGGAGGAACUGGACCAGCGUGUGGCUCUCAUGGGCGAACGCUGCCUGACCCUGGAGGAUGAAAGAGCCAGAACACAGGAAGAAGGCUUGAGGAGAGUCCAAGAGUUGCUGGCCAAUAUUAGCUCACUGGAGGAGAGCAAGAAAAAUGAAAAGGAAGCUCAUGACCAGUUGAAGAAGCAACACUCUGCUGUUGCCAAACAGCUAGAAGAGGAGAAGGCUCAGAGCAAUUCCCUGUCCAGUGAGCUGGCACGUUUGCAUGAUGAGAUGGAAACUGAGAGAAAGCAACUAGAGGAGGAGCUGGAAGAGGCACUGGAGGAGCUGUCAGUGCUGGAGCAGCAGGAGCGGCUGCACGAGGAGGUCAUCCAGUGUCUCACUGGGGAAAAGCACACACUAGGAGAAGAACUGUCUAGUGCAUGUGCCGAGCUAGUGAGGAAUAAUCUUGAAAUGAAGACUGUAAAAGAGGCUCAUAAGGAAGCUAUGAAGAAACUACAAGAGGAACACAACAGCUGCCUGGGAAAGGUUGGCGGAAUGGCCGCUGAGCUAGAGGGUGCUAGGCAAGCCCUGAGCAUGGAAAGGGAACAGGCUAAAGCCCGUGUUCGGCAGCUGGAGGAGGAGGUGAGCAAAGUCAGGCAGCAGCUGGAGGAGGAGAUGAGCGGAGUCAGCCAGCAGCUGCAGGAGCAACAACAAAAACUCCUCAACCAUCAGCAAACGCAAGAUAAGGAGAGGGAGGAGUAUGCCAGGAUGCUAUUGGAAGUACAGACCAAGCUGGCUCAAAGUGAGGAUGAGUUAAAGCGUGUUGUGGAGGCUCACAGCAUGGAGCAGUGCCACCUACAGGGACUGGUGGAUCAGGAGCGAGAGGAGAAACAGAGGGCCCUGGCUCAGCAGAGGAAGAGGGAAUCACUGGAGGGCAGGGCACAGAAGGCGCAGGUCUUGCAGGAAAAGGUGGAGGCGCUGCAGCAGGAGAUGGCUGAGCAAAGCAGGCUGCUGGAGCAGAAAGAGGCCUGUCUGAAGAGCCACACUGAGGAGUGGCAGCAGGAGAGGGAGCAGCUGCAUUUGCAGAUGGAGAACGAGCGUCACGACUUUGCAAAACGACUCUCAGAGGCACAGCAGAGCACGUCUAACGCAGAGAUGGAGCACUGGAGAAACCUGUACGAACAGCUCUAUGAAAAAGUUAAACCCUUUCAGGAGCAGCUGGACGGCUUUGCGGCGGAGAGGGAUGCCCUGCUCAAUGAGAAGGGGGCCACUCAGGCGGAGCUGAAUAAACUGGCUAACGCCUACGCCAAUCUGUUGGGCCAUCAGAACCAAAGGCAGAAGAUCAAGCACAUGGUCAAACUCAAGGAGGAGAACCUGGAGCUCAGACAGGAAGUGUCUAAGCUUAGGACACAGGUGGGCAAGCAAAAGCGAGAGCUCGAGCAGCUCAAGUCCAGUCAGGCUCCACGCAAGUUUGACCCCAGCAAAGCCUUUAAACAUGAGCUCAAGGAGAACCAGCAGCCUGUGACAGGUCUGAGAUAGAGGGUGUCUUUAAGAAUUUUAUAACAAGACUAGUUGUUGAUGUCUUGGACUAAAUGUUAUUUAAUGGAGAAUCCCUAUUUAAGUGGUUACAGCAUGUCUUAACUGUAAUGUUGCAAAUGCCCAGAGUUUGUCUCUAAGGGUGAUGAACAUUUACUCUCUUGCUCAGAAAGAAUUCAGUGCAUUAAACUGUAACAAUACAGACUUUACUGGAGCCUUAGAGCACAAAACAUGGCAAACAACUCUAAGCUUAUUUUAUCCAUAAAGGCUAAAAGUCAGACAUUGUGGAAGCAGAUCCUGCUUACACACACAAGUUCCCAUUGAUCUCCCCAGUAUGUGAACAAUGUAUUAUUUAUAUACAGUGGAGUGAGUGUAUUUUUGAGUGCAUCCUUUUGGUGUACUGAUCAAAAUAUUAACUAUGGCAUUGGUAGUGCAUGAAUUGGAAUAGGAAUAAAUAUACUUUAAAAAAAUGAUCUAAGCUGCACUGUUUUAGGUCAGAAUUACCAAACUAGAUUUUAAGAUGAGGCAAAAUAUGUAUUCCUGUGGGCUAGUGUUCAUAGAAUUACUGCUUGGACUAUGUAUACUUCUGUGUUUUUCCUUUUCAUUAAAAUUUGAAUUCCA